UAAGCCUUGACCGUAGCCCUGUGUGGUCGCCACGAUGAGGUUCACGCUACUAUUUUUCCUAUUUCUCAGUAGUCAAGCGAAAAGUGCUAGUAUAAUAGACAGAUCGUACGAAUAUGUAAUGAAUAUGGGGAAGAAUUUGGCACCAAGUUUGCUAUCAAUCAUGGAGUGUUUGUCCGGAGAAGAUGUAUGGGGUUGUGUGAGGGAGAAGUCGGGGAAGAUUCUGGAUGGUUGGGAUGAAGAAGUGCAAAAACAGAGGAAGUUGUGGCGAGAGGCAGCCGAUGCAGAAGUGACGAGCACAGGCAGGUCUAUUGAGGAGUUGCCUUCGAAGAUAGGACAGGAGAUAGAAGACUCACUAGGGUCUGUAGCUGUCAUGAUCAACAAUGGAUUGGCCAGAGCGCUCGGGCGAAAAAAGCAUGAUAGUGGAGGUAUCGACAGUAUCACAAUAUCAACUAACACCGGCGACAAGAAGAUGAAGAAGAAGAAACAGAAGCCGGCCAAAAUCCACUUGGUACAUCCAGUUAUGAUGGUGAAGAACCAAGAAAAAGGUCGUGCUUUUGGCAGAGUCCAAUCGUGGGUAGUUGGAGAGAAGGUGGAAGAUAAAACGGAGAAAAUUGUUGUGGAAAGUUCCACUAUUGGUUUAAGGAAAGGAAGGGGUAUUUUGGAAGAUUUAUGGUCUGCUGGUCAAGAUGUUUUAGAUGACGCAGCUCAGCAUGCUUUGGACAGCGAUAAGAGUGAUAAUGGAGUUGAGGAUAAGAGUUCUUUGGAAGAACAAAGAGGGAAAAAGAAGAAGAAAAAGAAGGCGAUCCUAAAGCUACUCAUCCUCGGAGCUGUUCUCAAGGCGAAGAUUGGAACCAUACUACAAAUUCUAUCUUUCAAGCUACAAGUGAAGUUCUUCAUCAUCGCACUCCUUGGCCUCGGCAUCAACCUAGCGAGGUUGUGGAUUGACAUCAAAAACAAACACCAACAUCAACCACAGAAAGUAAUCUACUAUGAACACGCCUCACACCAGCACCAUUAUGAUCAUGAGGAGGAACCGCACGGCUGGGGACCCUGGUCCAGGAGUAUGGAGCCGGAGAUUGAUUCUGACAUUGAGAUCGACGUCGACAGCACCAACACCCCCUACAGGGCACAAGAGCGACCAGCGACCAUAUACAGACCACUUUUAACCAGAGAUUAAUCCAAAAACCAUCGACAGCACCGCUGGCAACUAUUGAUGUCAAGAGAAAAAAAUGUUUCCUUAUGAUAAAAGUCACUUAACUAAAAAUUGCAUCAUUAUGCAAAUAAUCAUACUAAAACUAAUUCAAAAUAAAACACACACUUGUACUUUGUAACGUGGUAUAUGUUGGCCGAAGAACACGAAGCGUUUUUGAAUUAUUUAACUAACAUGCAUUCAAAAGUGAAUAAAAAAAUAUAUUAGACUCCUUUUUUGAGCAACGAUUGGGCCGUAGUCUAUUAUAUAGAUUGGUGUCAGUAAUUUUGCCAAUAUAAUUGGUGAAAUUAACUUAUUUUUUUGAAUGACAUCAAUAGUUGCUUGUGGUGGCAAGAGAUAGAUUGUAUUUGUAUUAUAGGUACUUUAAGUUGUUAAAAAGCUAGAAAAUGCAAAUGUUUACAAUAGAAAAGCGUCAAAACCUUUAUGUCCUAAACGAGCGACAAACGCGGCUUAACAGCGUGAUACGUCGAGUGUAUAUAUUUACAUGUCGCCGUAAUCACAUCGAAUCGCGUAGUGCAGCGUCUUGCCGCUCAUCCAGGGUGUAGUGUCAACUAUAGUUGCUCAGUAGGGUUUUGUCAUGUCUUUAUUUGUAAGUAUUAAUUGAAUAUUUUAGAAUUAGCUCGGUAAAAAAUUAAUCAUGUACCUUGAAGUACAAAUUACAGAAAUUCUAAACGUUUUUAUUAUGAGCCAGUCAAUUAGAUUGUAAGUAAUUUAUAAAAGAUUAUUAUUAUUAAGUAUUUAUUGGAAUUAUUUAUUACUUUUGUAAAGUAAGAUAUCAAAUAGAGAUUAAUCAGUUAGAGUUAUUUAUUUAACGAAUAGUAUAAGUAUUAACUUUUAUUUUUUUAUUUAAUUUUCAGUGGCUAAGCCACUUAGUAUUUCAUGGUUCAAAACGAGGCAUUACACAUAUAUAAAAUUAUUUUAUAAUUUGUCGUCCUAAAAUAAAUAGGUUUCAUCGUUUAGGCAGACUUCGAAAAGCCACAAUAUUUUAUAAAUUUUCGAAUUUUGCUAAGCGAUCUACCAUUCUUUACAAAUGCGUUUUACUAUAAAUUAAUUAAACAAUCAUGUAUUAACAUAAAAAAAUAUAUGCGAACUAGAUUAUUAAAUAUCCCUUGAAAGCAAUUUAAUACAUACAUUUUGUGAAAAUUAAAUGCAGUUUUUUUAAGCAUGUCAACUAUAGUCGCCGUCUAAAUCGCUAAGGGUAUAUUAUGUAAGUAAACUGUGUAAUUACUUAUUUUUAAACACAAUAAUUGUGUGAAAAGUAGGCUUAAGGAAGCCAAAAUGUGUAAUAUGUGCUUUAUUUAUUGUGUGACUGAGUUGUGGCUAUUAUUUAUUGAAUAAAUCUAUUUUCAAGCAUUUUUUUAACUA